AUGGUGCCAGUACCUAGCCGCUCUCCCACGACAAAGCUGGAUGAGAGGCUCCUCCGCAAUACCGUCGCAGUGGUCAUUCCUCUCACGAGAGGGAUCGUGGACGACAGUGGAUUCAACCGGGCGUAUCUCGCGUCAGACAGUGCUACAGCCCAUGUCGCGCGGGAAUUGGCUCGUGGGCACUUCCUUUGCGACUCGUCUCAUUCUCGCAUCUUUGGCUCGUGUGUUGCACGCCGCGACCCCCGCCUCUCUGUGAAUGGCACACUCGACGUGGCCGCGGCGUUGUGGCAAAUGGGUGGUUGCACAAAGCCGGGAGCACAGAACCGAACUUUGUGCAUCCGGUGGUGGGACGAGGCGUAUGCAUUCAUGCGAAAGCGGCGCCCUCAACAAUUUCUCGCCCCCAUUGGAAUGAAAGCUGAAGGUUUUCACGAGGUAGAUGGAGACGGAGACGAGGAGGCAUGA